CCUAAUUCCUCAGGAACAAAGUGUAAACGAUUUAAACUGGUGACCAGAACAUGAACCUCCAGGGUCAUCACAUUAUCCAGGUGAGUCCUGAGAUUCUGUUCAGUGACAUCCAGGAAGAAAAAAACUGACAUGUGAACUCAGAACUAGGAAAAACCAGGACCCACCUUCAUUAAUGACUGAUUUCACGCACCACCUGGCGCUAAGUGGCCCGGACAGGUGCAGGCUGGGUCUGACUAGCAUGAGGACGGCGGACCCUCCAGCUGUGACUGUUCGUGACGGGUUCUCUCCUCACAGAGGAGACCGCCCUAAUGGUCGCUUUUCCAGAGCCGGACACGCAGGAGGAGAGAUGUCGGGUUUGGAUGAAACCGAGUGGAAGACCUCACUCACAGCUGAAUCCAGCAAAGAUCAACCAAAAACUCCUUCGUUUGCUCCAAGCACUGUCCUCCGGGUUAUCUCUCACUGAGGUCGUGGUGGACGCCACUGAUCGACCUGGCCAGGUGCGACAGCUUGACCAGGGUAGCAACGGUAACCGCGGGGGGCGGGGCUUAGCGAAAGGUGCUGUCCCUUAGCUUCUGUCCUGUGUGACGUCACUGUCUCAUCCUCGUUACUGAGCUCAGCUGUGAACAUGAAGUAGGACACGUAUGAUGUCACCAUUUAUCUCCCCGGUGUGUGUUGUCCUGAGGAGUGGGU